CGUGACGAGGCCCAGAAGAGGCCUGGCGAUGACCAGAACGAAGUCUCGUCGAACUCCGAAGAACCAACACGCAAGCGGAGGCGGAGCCGGAAGGGCCUGGAAAAGAGGUUUGAAUGCAACGCCGAGGGUUGCGGGAAGAGCUACUCAAGAGCUGAGCAUUUAUACCGACAUCAACUUAAUCAUAAUUCUAAACAGAUUUUUCGCUGCGAGUAUCCCGAUUGCCCCCGAACCUUUGUUCGAGGAGACUUGUUGAAGCGGCACAUGGACCGGCACACGGCCAAGGGUUCGCAGCUCAACAGGAGGGACUCCAUGGUCAGCCAUGCGGCGUCUGUUGCUUCCCCCAAACUCGCCCCUGCUGAUUCCAGUCGGUCAGUGCCAGUGCCGCCCCCUCCAAUUCAUCACCAUCACCCCUCUCCCCAGGAGCCUCCUGGUGACCCCUACCCGCUGAUGAACAACGUCGGCCCUCCUUUGUUCCCCGGUAGCUCAUCGUCCGUCGGGCACGAUGCAUUUGGUCGCGAUCCUAUUGCACUUGCGGCAACAGUGCCUCGCAGGCUGGGUACCGGCCAGCCUUCUCAUGGCCCCAGUCGGCCAUCGAUCCAGACGAAUGUCGGUCCAUACGGCGUCAUUUCACCAGCCUCUAGCCACCAUGGCUAUCAUAGCCAGUCCAGCAGCACCCCGCAAACCGCCGGCUUUGUUUCCCAGCAUAAUGUUUUACCGUUUAGCUUGCCACCGGCACAAUUCUCUCACCUGCAAACGGCUCCGCCGCCGCCGCCGAGAGAUGGGACAGCAUCUCAUGCAACGACGACUGCGGCGUCACAUUAUUCCGACACCCAUCACUCUCAUCAACAUGAUAUGCUGAUGCUCGAUCACAUGGAAAUGUCAAACAGUGGACCAGUAUUUGCUGACGAUGGCGUCAACAAGUCUCCGUAUGUAGGGAUGCCAGAGGAUUUCAUGGCCUACUUGUUCAACUCCCUGCCAGCGAAUGAUUCUCCCCAUUCACAUGCGCUACCACCUCCUCUCUUAAAGUACUAUUUGGGCGAGCAAUCACCUGUGGGACUAUUCCCCCCUGACCCCCAAGAUGUUAUGGCUGUUAAUAACAUCUUGGAGCAGCAUGCCCCGGAGGCCAGUCUCACAGAGGAGCGUAGCCAGGAGAUUUUCGACCUCAUCAGCGAACGGUUCCAAGAGGACAAUGAGGAUAUUUCAGCGAGACAGCGACGAAACAGCAUCCUUAGCGGCGACCGCUCGUCCGGCGAGCACAUGCUAAGCAGGAGGAUGAUGCAGGCUUACGUAGGCUCGUACUGGUACCACUUUAACGAUCAGAUGCCCAUCCUGCACAAGCCCACCUUUGCCACGGAGAAGACGCCCAAUCUGCUACUCAUAGCCAUCAUGGCUAUUGGUGCGGCUUGCCUGGACAGAACCCACGGGACCAAGGUGACAAUGGCCGGAGCAGAGGUGUCUAAUUUUCUCGCAGAGCACCUGCGAUGGGAAGUGUUCAUGGAUCGAAGUUUCAAGCCUCCUGCUAAACUCUGGGUUUUCCAAACGCUGAUCCUGCUUGAGCUAUACGAGAAGAUGUAUUCGACGAGGGAGCUGCACGAGCGAGCUCACAUUCACCACGCCACUACGGUUACUUUGAUGAGGAGAGGGCGAUCGCUUAUCGGCAAGUCUACGCUAGAUUCGCCGCCCCAGCACAGCACCGACGGAUCGCGAAAGUCGUCGGCCUCUGGGAUCGCUCACACAGCAGAUGAAUGGUGGAACCACUGGAUCACAAACGAGGCGACGCGAAGAGCCGCCUUUGCCGCCUUCAUUAUCGACUCGACCCAUGCUACCAUGUUUGGGCAUUCGGCAGUCAUGGUGGCUCACGAAAUGAGGUUGACGCUGCCUUGUGACGAAUCGCUGUGGAGAGCUGCUAGUAGCGCCGAAGUAGGCCGAGUGGAAGCCAACCUCAUGUCCCGCGGGAUCAAGCCCGUAACGUUCCUUGAGGGGUUGAAGCGCACACUCAGUCACCAAGAUGUACGGACGACACCGUUUGGUCGAGCGGUCCUCAUGGCUGGCCUCCUCAGCAUCACAUACCAUAUGCACCAGCGCGAUCUCCAGGUCAAUGUGCUCGGAGGAGGUGUCAUUCAAGCCCUUGGAGGACGCGACAAGUGGCGGGCGACUCUCACGAGGGCCUACGAUUCGUGGAAGUCCCAUUUUGAUAAGGCGCUGGAGCUGAACGACUCCGAUCCUUACAGGCUGGACAUGCGACAGGAAGACUACAACGUCGUAUUCGAGAGCCGCACGGUGCUGCACCACUUGGCACACAUGGCCAUGCACGCUGACAUUGUCGACUGCCAAAUGUUCGCCCGUGCUAAGAGGCUGCUUGGUCGCUCUGUCGGACAUCAAGAGUUUCUCAGCGCCCAGCGAAGAAUCAAGGAGUUUUGGGCUCCAUCUGCCAGGGCUCGCGACGCCACGUAUUACGCGCUCAAGUUCUUGUUGUCUGUACUUGUCCCUGACCGGGCGGGGCCCCCGUACUCGACGGGUCCUGACCGCGACAAGCCAUACGAAACCCGCGACGAUGUGCUAUUGAACCGUCCCUGGGUCCUCUACUUUGCGGCACUGGUCGUCUGGUGCUACGGAUAUGCCAUUGAGGGGCCUUGUCUGACCGGAUCAACGCCGGUUGGCCACCAUGAGCAGUGGCAGCAGAUGAGAGCCUACCUCUCCAAGUACGGCGGAGUGACGGAUCCGAACGAGCUGAGGAACAUGAGGGGCAUCAACGGAAAUACCGCCAUGCUCAUGGUGCUCAAGGAUACCUUUGACAAUUCUCGCUGGGAGCUGCUACACGAGGGAGCGAACCUGUUGCAUAACUGCAUAGUGCUCAACUCUGGU